AUGUACCAACAUCCAUCCGAAACAACAAUGCGUUUAAUGGCGAAAGAAUUGCCCUCGCAAAGCCUUGUAGCCAAUCACAAAGCGAGUAUUUGCUGCGCAGUUUGCGGAGAUACGGCACUUGGAAAACAUUAUGGAGUCAAUGCAUGCAACGGGUGUAAAGGAUUCUUUCGAAGAAGUAUAUGGAAAAACAGGACAUAUGCAUGUAGAUAUCUGGGGAAAUGCGGAGUUGCUAAAGAACAAAGAAACGCUUGCCGUGCUUGUCGUCUGACAACAUGUCUGAAAGUUGGAAUGAAUCCCCGAGCAGUCCAAGGAGAUACGGAUACAGCUUCAACAAGUUCAGCAAGUCCAAAUCUCGUUUCAGUGGAGAUGCAUCCCUACACGAAAGAAGCCGAGUGUCAAACAGAAGUGACUAAUAUACCGAGUCAUCCAACAUCACCAUCAAAUCUUCCUUUUGUAAGUUCAGCUUCCUCGGUAUGCUCUGUUUCGUCGUGCUCUUCUGUGUCUACAGUAUACUCGAAUUGUAUCGCUGGUCUCCCGCCCAAUCCUACUUUACCGAAAUACGACCAUCUUUUGUCAACAUUGACUCGAAUAUUCGACCGUUUUGAUGAAUUCUCAACAGAACCACAACCGAAUACAUACAGUUUCGAACAUGCUUUUUAUAAUCCACAUUUGAUUUGUAAUCGGACAAAACUGACGCCAACUGGACAACGGAUUGCAACACUACCAGAGGUUCUUCAAGAUUUUAGAAGGAUUUUUGUUUUGUUCACUGAUGUUUUGUCGAUUCUUCCUGAAUUUUCAAGAUUAGAUGAAAGUGAUCGGAUGGUAUUCGCCAAGAGCAGAUUCUCAUUCUUCUACUGGUGGUUGACAUGUUGUUGGACAGCUAAAACUGGGUGUCCUGGAGUCUGUUAUGCAAAUGGAUCAUACCAUCCAAUCAACAAACAUCAACAAGCAUUUCCAGAUGUGAAAGGCGUCACUGAGUUAUCAGUGGAGACUGUAUCGAAACCAUUGGCGAAUAUCAAUAUAACCGAUCCUGAGAUUUUGAUUGGAAGUGUUUUUGCUAUUUUCUAUGAAUAUCCGUUACCUCCAAAAAUGUCAUAUGCCAGCUCACAUCUGUUGAGUGAAGCUCGUGAUCACUAUACCCAAUGUAUGAUUACUGUAUCUCCAUUUUGCAAUAUGGAAGCUAAAAGUGCUUCUCGAUUAGCGGAGAUUUCAUUGAUUUUCAGCUCAAUUACGAAUCUCAAAUAUCUGACAUCCGACAAUAUUGAAGUAUCCGACGUGUUACAUGUAAUGGAAGUAGAUCAAUUGUUUUCUGAUGCAUUUGAUGUUCAUCGUCCAAUUGAUUGA